AUGUUGGAUAGGAUUUCUUGUAACACAUAUCUAACCGAUCUAUUUCAUCUUCUUUUAGAUGACCCAGCCCCAUUCGACCUGACUAAUAAAGCAAGAGUUAUCCGCUUUGAGCUGCAUCACGAGUCACAACCUUUGAAGAAAUCUUUACAAUCUCAGGAAUCUUUAAUGAGUACAGUAUCUACUGCAAAGUCUUUUUCCAAUACUAUGAUUUCUGAUCCAGAGGGGCCUUCUCAUCAAAGACUGGUACCUCAAUAUUUACAUAAUGAUUAUACACUUUACCAUCCAGAUCAUUUCAGCUUCGGAAGCAUGGGGCAACCCCCGAUGUCUCCUCCUCGGUCUCCACUCAGUUUUAUCCAUGAGUCUCUUAAGUCACCCGAUAAGCUGCAUCUGUCCCCAUCAGUCUCUGAAAGGGAACACCUUUUAUCCCUAAAAUCACCCCCGUCACAAAUCAUGACAACAGGCAGUAAUAACUUGCUCACCAUGUGGAAUACAUACGGCAACCAGGAGCCAUUGCUAGCAGCUCCCCCUAGUCCCGAGUCGGAAGGGGAGAGCAGUCGUGACAGUAGCUCCACUACAGUAAUGGUUAGUAGCAAACACAUAGAAAAUUCUAGAUACCAGUGUACGGAAUGCGAAAAGAGCUACUCUACUUACGGUGGUUUAUCCAAACACCUACAGUUCCACUGCGAGUCAACUGCAAAGAAAUCUUUCAGCUGUAAGCACUGUGACAAGAUGUACGUCUCUCUCGGAGCCCUCAAAAUGCACAUUAGGACUCACACUCUCCCGUGUAAAUGUACAAUAUGUGGAAAAGCUUUCUCCCGGCCAUGGCUUCUCCAAGGUCAUAUUCGAACCCACACAGGAGAGAAACCUUUCUCUUGUCCACACUGUAGUCGAGCUUUUGCUGAUCGAUCCAACCUGCGGGCUCACCUUCAGACACAUUCGGAUGUAAAGAAGUACAGGUGCAAGACGUGUAACAAGACCUUCUCCCGCAUGUCCUUGUUGGUUAAACAUGAAGACGGAGUGUGUGCCCAUGGACCCCAGCAGCGGUAA